UUAAGAGACUUUGAAAUCCAAAUAUUUUGUAGUACCUAAUAUAUUAAUUAAAAAUCGAAGCAAAGUGCAAAUAAUAAAGUAACUAAUUGGGUAGAACAUAAAAUAUAAAAAUAACACACAUUUAAAAUGUCUGUUACCUUACAUACCGAUGUUGGUGAUAUCAAAAUCGAAUUAUUUUGCGAACAAUGUCCUAAAGCUUGUGAAAACUUUUUAGCAUUAUGUGCUAGUGAUUACUAUAAUGGAUGUUUAUUUCAUAGGAAUAUUAAGGGUUUUAUAGUACAGACUGGUGACCCCACUGGCACUGGAAAAGGUGGAACAUCAAUAUGGGGAAGGAAAUUCGAAGACGAGUUCUCAGAAGAGCUAAAGCAUACUGCAAGAGGGAUGGUCAGUAUGGCUAACAAUGGACCUAACACAAAUGGAAGUCAAUUCUUUUUUACCUACGGUGAACAGCCCCACUUAGAUUUAAAAUAUACAUUAUUUGGCAGAGUAAUAGAUGGCUUUGAAUCAUUGGAUGACUUAGAAAAAUUGGCAGUAAAUCCUAAGACAUUUAGGCCAUUAUCGGAGACAAAAAUAACUUCUAUCACUAUACAUGCAAACCCGAUGGCUGGAUAAGAAGUUUUAGAACAUUGGAUAAUAAAAUCAGUUUAAUGUGCAAA